AAUUGAAAAACAUAUCAAAUUAAUUAGAGGAAAAAAUUACAUAAUUAUUCAUAAUCAAUCAAACGCGUGCUCUCUCUCUCUCUCUUCCCCUCUUUUCAUCCGCCAUGAAAACAUAUAAAACACCUUCCAGUCACAAGUCGAAUCCAUCAGAAGGUUUGUCAAUUCUUGCCAUUGGUUUUGGAAACGAUUCUAAAUUGGCUGUGACAAACCGGGGACCUGAAACCGCUGAUAAUUGGGUCUCACCAUCUGACAUUCCACUCAUAGAAUCUAAUAGUAAAGAGCAGAGGAUGAGAGAGACACAACUAGGCGGUCACACUUUGAGGACCCAUGGAAGGACUAUCUUAAGGACACACAUGCAUGAUUGGAUCAUACUCGUGCUACUCGUUAUGAUUGAGUGUGGACUCCUUAUAAUCCACCCUUUUUAUCGCUUUGUCGGGAAAGAUAUGAUGACUGAUCUCAGUUACCCUUUAAAGAGCAACACCGUACCGAUUUGGUCUGUCCCGAUCUAUGCAAUGCUGUUGCCGUUGGUAAUCUUUAUCGUCAUCUACUUUCGCAGAAGAGAUGUCUACGAUCUUCAUCACGCCGUGCUAGGUCUGUUAUACUCUGUUCUUGUGACAGCAGUACUUACGGAUUCUAUAAAGAAUGCAGUUGGUCGACCACGUCCUGACUUCUUCUGGCGUUGUUUUCCCGAUGGCAAAGCUCUUUAUGAUAGCCUCGGGGAUGUUAUAUGCCAUGGUGAUAAAAGCGCCAUUAGAGAAGGGCACAAAAGCUUCCCAAGCGGACACACCUCAUGGUCUUUUGCAGGACUGGGAUAUCUGUCGCUGUACUUGUCAGGGAAGAUUCAGGCAUUUGAUGGUAAAGGCCACGUUGCGAAGCUAUGCAUUGUCAUCCUCCCUUUGCUAUUUGCAGCUCUUGUCGGUAUCUCCCGUGUAGAUGACUAUUGGCAUCACUGGCAAGACGUCUUCGCUGGAGGCUUGCUAGGUCUCGUGGUCUCUACGUUCUGUUAUCUUCAAUUCUUCCCGCCACCAUAUCACACUGAAGGUUGGGGACCAUAUGCUUACUUCCAAGUGUUGGAGGCGGCACGACUGCAAGCAGCCGAGCGACCGCCCCAAGAUCAGAACGGUGAAGAGGAAGACGGCGGGUUUAUGGGUUUACAUUUGGUGGAUAAUCCGAGUAUGAGGAGAGAAGCUGAUGUUGAAACUGGUAGAGGCUGAGGAUGAACAAACUCUGAAGCUUCUUUGGUUGCUUUCUUAGGACACUUUCUCUUCUUCUUUAGAUUCUUUGACAACUUCUGUAGAUUUCUGUCCGUUUGUUUGGUUUUUUUGUUUUUGGUUUAACUGUUUAAGGAAUCCGGUAUUGGUAUUGAUUUAUUUCUUUAAAUUUCUUCACUUCAGAGAAAUCGAACCACGAGUUCAUAUAAAUUAACAUCAUUUUGUUUAGUUAGAUACGAAGAAACAAUCAUUUUUGGUUCA